AUUUACACAAACACUACAACUACCGACAUGCCUUGCUGUAAAUAAUAGAGGCAUGCGCAGGGGAGCGAUAUAGUUCCCGAAAGCCUUUGUUAUUUCGGCGGAGAGCUAUAGAAACGAAACGUUAUUGCGGUACAGCCGCUGGUGUCACGAGCAGCCACGGAGGUAUACGGUGCAGGGCAGACAUCUGUAUUACGUGUUGCUUUACGUGCUCGCCGGUUGCUAAGGAGCGAGUUCGGCUUCAGGAGCGGAGCAACCGGUAAAAUACAUGGAAGGAGCUACUUCUGUUGUUCCACCAUCCAGUGGGGACAUUGAGGAAGCCAAAGAGAAUGUAGACCCACCAUUCUCUGAUAUGAAGACAACGCAGAUGCUGUGAUGUCCUAGAUCCUUGGGUGUCUUUUCAGCAUCAUGCAGACUCAAAGUACAGAUUCCUUGAAGAAUCAUGGAGGACCGCAUGCCCCUACUUCUCAAAAAGAAGGCCAAGAUAACCAGACCCAGCAGCAGAGCAUGGAGCAGCAGUUGUUAGACAGUGGUGAACUGAGACAAGAGGAAGAGCAACCAAGACCUCGACGAGGAGGAUGGACCAAAGGACGCAAGAGGAAACGAAGCCCACGUGACAACAAUGCUCCAAAAGCUCCGCUUACUGGAUAUGUACGCUUCAUGAAUGAGAGACGAGAGCAGCUAAGAACAGAGCGUCCUGAUGUCCCAUUUCCAGAAAUUACCAGGAUUGUGGGUAGUGAAUGGAGCAAGUUGCCCGCUGAAGAGAAACAGCGUUACCUGGAUGAAGCGGAAAGAGACAAGGAACGGUAUACAAAGGAACUGCAGCAGUAUCAGAAAACAGAGGCCUACCGAUCUUACAGCCGCAAGGCACAGAGUCGUCAGAAGGGGAGGCAGCAGAGGCAGGAAGGAUCUCGUACAAUCUCCAGUGACCCUGAGAAAGAAGCGGUUCUAAAAGAAAGACCAGUGUUUGAUAUUCCAAUCUUUACUGAGGAAUUUCUGAAUCAUAGCAAAGCACGGGAAGCAGAGUUGAGACAGCUCAGGAAAUCAAACAUGGAGUUUGAGGAGCGAAAUGCAGCUUUACAGAAACAUGUGGAAAGCAUGCGAUCUGCAGUUCAGAGACUAGAGGCUGAGCUCAGCCAAGAACAAGGGAGAAACUCUCUGCUUCAGCAACACAUACAAAAUGUCCGCCAGGCACUUGCACAUUGCCUACGUACUGUUCCUCUUCCAGGUACUAAUGAGACCCCAACCGUGGAAACUAUUGAUUCUUAUAUGAGCCGCCUUCAAAAUGCUGUGCUGACUCAUCCCAAGGAGAGCGAGGCCAUAAUCUCUGGUGUCCGAGAAGUGUUAAGUCAGCUGGAAGGUUGAAAAGGAAUCGCACAAUGAGGACCUUAUAAUUUUUACCCCUUUUUCAGGAAGAAAGGUUUUAAGUUGUAAAAAAAAUUUGGGAGAUCACAGUGGACUGGGGCCAAUACAAAUGUUUUUGAUGCUUUCUCUUGAUCUGUUCACUUUGCAGCACUGCAUGCAGUAUGUGAAUAAAUAAUAAUUACUGUUUCAGCUUUUAGUAUGCUGUUAACACCACUCUUAAGUAAACAUCUUUUUUUAAUGGAAAACAAA